GCAGCACAAUGUCCGCCAUCGCCCGCACGGCGGCUGCGCUCCCCGUGCCGCCCGCGCCGCCGCUGCUCCGCCUCCAACUCCUUCGCCUCCUCCUUCACCUCCUCCUCCUCCUCCGCCUCCUCCUCCUACGCCGCCUCCCGCUGCCGUCGUCCCAGGCCGCCGUCAGCCUCUAGCCGCCCCCGGCCCGACAUGGCGAGCUCGUGCGCUGUGCAGGUGAAGCUCGAACUGGGGCAUCGUGCCCAGGUGCGCAAGAAGCCCACGGCAGAGGGCUUCACGCACGACUGGGUGGUGUUCGUCCGAGGGCCUGAGCACAGCAACGUGCAGCACUUUGUGGAGAAGGUGGUCUUUCAUCUGCACGACAGCUUCCCCAAGCCAAAGCGAGUAUGCAAGGACCCGCCCUACAAAGUUGAGGAGUCGGGCUACGCCGGCUUCACCAUGCCCAUCGAGGUGUACUUCAAGAACAAGGAGGAGCCUAAAAAGGUGUGCUUUGAGUACGACCUGUUCCUGAACCUGGAGGGCCACCCACCUGUCAACCACAUCCGCUGCGAGAAGCUCACCUUCAGCAACCCCACCGAGGAGUUCCGCCGCAAGCUACUGAAGGCCGGCGGGAUGAUGGUGUUGCCGGAUGGGCCAGGUCCUGCCGCAGCACCUGGCCCGGGCGCCGGGCCUUAUGUGGGCCAGCACCCAGCCCAUGCUGCUCUGUCUGCUGCGGGAGUACCGCCUCCACCCUCCUCCGCCAACCCUGCAGCCAUGGCCGAUCACAAGCGCAGCAAGCCACCCCACGGGGCAAAGGAGCCUACAAAGGGUGGCUGCAGCAGCAGCACAGGCUUGCAAAAGCCUCACAAAUAUUCCAAGGACCACAGAGAAAAACCAACCAAGGACUCGAAAGAGCACAAGGGCUCCGUCAAAGAGCCUCACUGGGAUCCAGGCAAAUUUGUCAAGGAGCCACCCAAGAGGCCCAAAGAGGUUGUGGGACGCCCCUCCAAGGAAGACGCCCGUGGUGGCGGCGGUGCCAGCGGCACGCCGACGAUGGCCUUUAAGGAACCCAAGCCUCUGCACAGCGAACACAAGUCCAGUGCUGCCGCAAGUAGUGGCAGCGGCGGCAGCAGCAGCGCUGCCUCAGCUUCUGCUGGAAGCGUCGCCAUUGGCGGCAGUGGUGGCUACCAGUCCGAGUCGAGAUCUGGCUUGGCCAAGCGCUCGGCCGUGGUGGAGCAAGAGGAGCUUGUGGCCAAGAAGAGGAAGAAGAGCACUUCGGAUUCGUCAGCCAAGACCCAGACGGCGGCUGCGUCUCCCACGGCCGUGGAGAGGCGGCAGGCCAAGGCAUCGGGGAAACCGGCCGGCAGGACGAAGGGAGGCGACGCGGAGGCCGUUGCUCCCGAGAAGAAGAAGGCGGCACCUCCACCACCGCCGCCGCCGCCGCCGCCGCCGCCACCACCACCACCCACCGUUGAGGACCCCAAUGACUCGGAGUUUGAGGAGGACAACAGGUCGACCAAGUCAGAGUCCGAGCAGACGAGCCCUGCCAGCUCCAGCAGCAGCAGCAGCAGCUUCACGUCGGUUCAGCCUGGCGGCCAAGGAAUCCUCAACACCUUCAUGCAAGAGCUGAGUAACUCGGAAGAGGAGGAUGAGGACGAAAACGGCCUGGAGGAUGGGCGGAGAGGGGGCGGCAGGAGAAACCACCGGUUAAGCGACGGCAGUGACAGUGAGAGCAGCAGGAGCCCUUCGCCACCUCGGACAGACCCCCCACCAAAAACCACCUCCACCAAGGCGCCAGGGCAGAAGAGUUCAGUAAAGCAGGAGAAGGUGGACAAAGCUCUGAGGAGUGAUAAGGCAUACCUGGACGAGCUGGUGGACCUGCACAGGAGGCUUAUGGGGCUGAGAGAGAGACAUGUACUACAGCAGAUUGUGAACCUGAUUGAAGAGACGGGCCACUUCCAAAUCACAACAACCACCUUUGACUUUGACCUCUGCAUGCUGGAUAAGACGACAGUUCGUAAACUGCAAAGCUACUUGGAGACCAUGGGCCGUUCCUGAUGGGGAGCAUGGUUGAGACAAGUGGACAAUGUACAGACCUGAGCAAGCCUGUUGAUCUUUAUUUUCACCUGUCCAUUUUGUACGUGUCCCCGAAUCUGUGAAACCGUCUUGCUGUGUCCUCUUCCUGCUCCACUUCAUCCUCGCUCCUCAACGGCCGCCAUUGGGCCCGGGCCUUGCCGCUUUCCCAAGGACAUUGAUGACGGCAGUCCCUCGCACUUGCACCAGGAAGCAUUGAGAACUCCCAUUCUUAAAACUGUAGCCCAGAAGAACAAGCGGCCGGAGACAGUCUUUGCCCAGUGAUCAAUAUAAUAGCAGACCACGCAUCAGAGAGGCUGCAGUCACCUGGAUCACACUGUUUUAUCUCCAUGAAUGAAGGAGGAGAAUCGGCUAUGGUGUUUGUGUGCGUUUUGGUUUAGCGCUUUCCCAGGGUCAACAUGAAGUUUGUAACAUUAAGCCUGGGGAUAGGGUUCAGCCGUCCAUUAUUUUGGACUCUUUGAGAGUCGUGUGAACAAAGCCCAUUGCACCUUUUGGAAUCAGCAGAAAACACAAAGAACCUUUCCUGAACAAUCAAAACUGAAGAUCUGUACACUGCCGCAUUUUUCAUUGAACUUAUUUUUUUUACUUGUUAUAUUUUCGCACUUGUUUGUCCACUGUGUACAUGAUUACCAAAAGAAAAGUAAUAUUGGGCUUAAAGAGUAAUGAGAAAAAGACAAAAAAAUUACAUGGUGAAAAAAAAAGCUCUGAUAAGACAUCGAUGAGAUUUUGUAAAAUUCUGAAAUGCUGUUUUUUUGUGGGUGUGUAGCACGUUUUCGAAACUUGUUGAAAUACCCAUCCAAUGCAUAUUUUGAUAUUCAGGGCUCAAGUGCAAAACAAAAUGUGCUUUGGUUAUUUUGGGAUCUUUAUUCUUUUUUUCUAAAAUAACAAUGAAAACAAAAAAAAAUUGAAAUGGAAGCCAUGUCCUGUAAUGAGCCAAAGUCCGAUCCAUAGCACAGAGAACCCUGAAGGUAACAUUGCAAGUUGCUUUUCCAGUAAUGUGCUAAAUUGUGUAGCGUUACACUCUGUAUUACUGAAAGUGCUUUUGCAUCGAAAAGCAUUUAUCCAUUUUUUUUCCACUCGCAUUCACUCUGUUUUUCUGCAUCGUUUUAAACGUGUACGUGAUGUGCUUUUUAUGGAAAUUAGUUUUUAUAUUUUUAAAGGAUACUCGUUUACAUUUUAAUAUCCAUGUACAUUCAGUCGGAGUAUUUUUUUCUCUCUUUAAUGGAGACGAGAAUGUUGGUGGGGUAUUUGAACAGAAUAGCGUAAUCGUCAUUGGUCUUUUGAGUGGCAUUUCAUAGACCUGGAAUUCAUUUAUAACCACGCGCAGAGUUCAAUCGAAGCGCAUCAAACGAUAUUCAAUGAACGCUAAGUGAAUAACGUUAGAAUGCCCAAUUAUGAUUAUGUUGAGCCCCAUUUCAAAUGUAUAUGAACCAGUUUAUUGACUGUUUUUGACAUCUCUCGAGAUUUAUCGCAGUUAAUGUCAUGGCUGUAGACCAGUGAGCUUCCACGGCGCGAGGGAGCGUUUCGCUUAGCUCUCGUUUAAAACUGGAGUACGAGGCCGGAUUGUGAUAUUGUUACAACCACAUUUGUAGAUGGCGCAUAGUUAAUAUGAUUAACCAGGCCCAGCAAUUACACUGAUUGGCUGUCUACCGCCCGUCCCAACAAUCUAACACCUGGGCUGUUUUCUCGAGCCUCUUUUUUUUACCUUUUUCAGUUUGAUUUUCAACAGAUAGAGGUUUUUUUCUCUCACACCUGAAAGAUAUGUCUUAAGAGUUUGUUGCCUCUUAGAGGCAUGGAACACACGCACCUACUCACGUGUGCGUGUAUACAAGGACUGGUUGUAGAGUCUUGAGAAUGUGGUAUUUAAAAAAGCUGCACAAGCAUUUUAGGUUUGUUAAGCCGGUUUUGUUCAAUUUAUACGAAGAAGUCACCGUAUUCAGAGUAACAAUUGCUGUCUGAGCUGAGUGCAUGCAUUUAAUAUCCCAUUCUCAAAACAUUUAACUGUUUUUAUGUGUAUACUGUGCAUAAAAAAAACGGCAAUGUGUACCUAACGUUGCACUCACCUGGUCCGUGAACACUUUUGGUAUUCUCUACUGUGCAGUCCCAUAUUGCACGGUACAUACUUCACGUCCGUUCAUUAUGGCUUAACAGACGUGGCAUUCCCAGCCAGUGCCUAUUGAAACAAAGAAGUAAAGGUCAGUUGUUUUUAAUUCCACGGUCUUAGUUACCACUGUAGGUUGUUGUAGAAAUUUUUUUAAAGAAAUUAUAUUUAUUUUCAAUAAACAUUUGUUAAUUGUAGCCAUUUUUUCUUCUUAUUGAUUUUUUAAAAGAUAUAUAGAUAUUAAAAUAAAGUUCCAGUUUCUAUGUUGCUAUUUAUAAGCGGCGGUGGUGUUUUUAUUCCACUGAGUAAUGCGCACGUAUGUCAUCUGUAAGUGAUUCAAAUAAACUGAAUAAAAUGUAUGUAUCACGUGAAAUGAUGUUGCAAUUGUUGGGCAACUUGUAAGGUUAAAAAAAAGCUUUUUUUAUAUGUAUAAAUUAAAGACCAGGCUGAUCGUGCACAUAAUUUAUGAUGAACAAUUAAAAGAUGAAGAGUAAAAAAAAAGUUGGAAAAUAAGACUUGUGUAAUCUCGCUGUAAUCUUUCAUCGUACAGCUCCUCUUUUGGUAGUUUAGGGUGACAACGUAAUCGGCUCCCGUAGUCUUUGAACAAGGUUCACAUUCGUGUAUGCACGUCUCAGUGGCUUGUUUUUUUAGGGCUGUUACAUGUAACUGGUAAAUAUUAUCGCACUGAAUUUAUGUAUCACGUGUUUGUGAGCGUGCAGAAAUUUAACAUGAGAAAAAAAAAACCCUUUUCCGCCCAGGCAAAUAAAAAAUAAUGCUUUUUAUAUAAUACCAUAUUUCUGUGAAUAGCCAAUUGCCUUACGCCUGUAACAUUAAAACCCUUAUUGUAGAUUAUAAUACCACGUUGAGGUAUCAGUCGAAUAUUUUGGUUAAAUGCCGAACCACUGGGUGGAAAAGGUUGUAAUAACAGGCAAAGUAGCCACUUCCUGCUUUGUAGGCUUGAAAAUUAUAAUCUGCGUUGUCAUGUAGAAGUUCGGUACUCUAUUUGCAGGCAGACUCAACUACUGUAGGCCUUUUCUGUAUGCUUCUUACUUAUGUUUGUACAUUUUUUCUCAUUUUAUAUGCAAGGAAACAAAAUUAAACUUGUUUUCUAUACAC